UUUUACAAUUUCUACGUGAAUAAUGGCUAAAAGAAACAUAGCUUACAUUAAACAAGACGAACCUUCUUUUUUACAACAAAUGAAACAAAGGAUGGGAUACAAAGAAGGUCCUACAGUGAACACUAAGUAUCAACAACAAGAUGAUGUUGACAGUGAUCCAGAGAGAGAGGACAAUGAAGAUGAGGCUCCAACUAUCGUAGUCCUGAAGCCUGGUGAUCUGUCUGCAACUGAUGUAGAGAAGAUAAAAGGUGGUGCUGUAGAAGACAAAAUUGAAGGAGUAGACAGACUACAGGGUGAUGAUUCAGCACCAGAAGGAGGGAAAAUCAUGUUUCGUAAACCAGUCAAGCGUAGCACAGAUGAAAACAAUGAUCUCAAUGUCAGCUCAAAGAAGAAAAAAGACAGCUCAAAAUUAAAAGAUAAACAAAGCAAAGUGAAAUCAGUUAAAAAUACAAAACUUUUGUCAUUUGGAGAUGAGGAAGAGGAAGAAGAUGGAUGAAGUUUUCUGAGACACCAAUAUGUCCAAAUUACAAUAUUCAGCAAAAUAAAGACAAACUCAAACUUAAAUAGAAGGAAUAUUUCAAUGAUUAAGAGUGUCUUCUAAAACUCUACUGACACCAUAUGACACUUGGUUGCCAAAAUAAGCCAGAAGAAUUGUACAAAGGUUCAAUCUUGUAAUUUAGACCUAGUAUUGUUAUUAUGGAAAUUCAGCACUCUUGAUGUUCAGCAUUUGAUGUCUGUAUCAAAUGGCAGGUGGUGACAUUUUGCAUGUUAUAAUGCCUUAUAUGUAUGUUUGCAAUGUCAUUUAUGCAAAUAAAAUGUCAUAAUGAAUAAGCA